CUUGAGAAACGACAAAGGUCUUCUUCUAGUGGUUCUAAUUGGUUCAGAGGUGGUGGCGGUAGUGGUUCGAAACGCGACGUCGCCGAUCCUGAGCUUGAGAAACGACAAAGAUCCUCCUCUAGUAGUUCUAAUUGGUUCCGAGGUGGUGGUGGUAGUGGUUCGAAACGCGACGUCGCCGAUCCUGAGCUUGAGAAACGACAAAGGUCUUCUUCUAGUGGUUCUAAUUGGUUCCGAGGUGGUGGCGGUAGUGGUUCGAAACGCGAUGUUACCGACCCUGAACUUGAAAAACGACAAAGGUCUUCCUCUAGUGGUUCUAAUUGGUUCCGAGGUGGUGGCGGUAGUGGUUCGAAACGUGAUGUUACCGACCCUGAACUUGAAAAACGACAAAGGUCUUCUUCUAGUAGUUCUAAUUGGUUCCGAGGGGGUGGCGGUAGUGGUUCAAAGCGUGAUGUCACUGGCCUUGAAUCUGAGUAA